AUGACAGACGGCGAAGAAUCUUUUAAAUAUUACAGCAAGAUGAAAUAUUUGGAAGACACUCAAGUUCUCAGGUGUCUAGUACAUCGUCGAAACAACUUGACAUUCAUUCAAAGUAAAAAGAAUAUAAGCCAGUCAGAUUUGAACAAAAUUUUCGGAAGACAGAUUGGAGAUGAAGUUGAAAAUGGAAUUUUCAAUGUAAUGAGUUCAGAAGCGAUGGAAGCGGAGAUUGUCAAGUAUGAGAAAAAGGAAUUUUGCAAGUCGAUUUUGACUGGAAAGAGCGAGCUGAUCCGAUACGCGAAUUUCAAAAAAACCGGAAUUUUGUCAGCACAAAGUCAAGUUAAAGCUUUGCGAAAACAUGGAUUUCGUACUUUUUCGUUAUCUCAUGUGUUUGAAAUGCCGAAAACCGUAUGGAGAAGUGUGCCGAAACAGAUGAAAAUUGGAGAAGUCUUCAAUAAGAACGUAAUCUACCAUAAAUCCGGUCAGUAUCUUGUGGAGAAAGAUGACAAAUCGUUUUUUGUUGUGAAAACGACCGAAACAAAUAUCGAAUGCAAGGAUCCCAAGUGUGCUUCAAAACCUGCUAUCACUUGCUCACAUGUCUUCGCUGUACUCAGUACACUGCCAACGAAAAAAUGCCAAGAAGUUCUGAAUAUUCGCGAAAAGUUCUUGAUUUCACUGUCGAGGAGUUUGCAAAUCAAAUCAAUCAACGACGGAAAAGACGCAAAAAGAUACCCGAACCGGAAGUACUCUAAAAGGUCACAUAAUAACGGCGGGAGAACUGUAUCCGAAUUCAAGAAGGUCAAUAGAAAUGUCUCUGGCGAGUCUGAAAGCGGUGAUGAUGAAAGGAAAGCAGAUGGGAAUAUUUCUAGUGAUGAGGAAAAUGACAGUGAUUGUGAUGUGAAUAGCUUGAAUUCUAAACCCAAUGUCUUCGAUGAGUCGGGAGAUAUCGUCGAGGAUGAAAUUAGUUGUAAUUCCAAUGAUGAACAUGUCAAUCUAGUCCUUGACCCUUCUGUGGAUCACUUGAACUCUCAUGAUUCUUGCAUGGAUCUUUCUGAUGAUCCAAGAAAGUAUGACAGCGAUUCUGAUGAGGAGAAUGAUAUUUUCGGAUAUCAGAAUGUCAAUCCAGUGCCGAAGCCAUCAAAUCGUGUCUCGAAUGAUCAUAGUUCACAGAUCGAUCUUCGUGAUGUUCUUGGAGAAAAGGGCUCGAGAAAGCCUGAAAGCGAUUCUGAAGAAGUGACCGAUGUUUCCACAGGACAACAUGUGAAACCAAUGUCUCUCAAAGAAAAGUUUCCGAUUGGAUACAUGCAUCGACUUUCGGAUGAUUCAGACGACAGUGAGACAAA